AGGCCGCGGUGGCGCCUCGCAGUCACCGCCGCUGCCUGGUCCUCGCCGCAGCCGGAGACGCCCGCCGCCCUCCAGCCAGCCAGCCCGCAGCCCCACCAUGGACCGCCCGCUGCGCGACAGCGUGCCCCAGGAUCUGUCCGAGGCCCUGAAGGAGGCCACCAAGGAGGUGCACACCCAGGCGGAGAAUGCCGAGUUCAUGAGGAACUUCCAGAAGGGCCAGGUGACCCGAAAGGGCUUCAAGCUGGCGAUGGCGUCCCUGUACCACGUCUACGCGGCCCUGGAGGAGGAGAUCGAGCGCAACAAGGACGACCCCGUCUACGCCCCGCUCUACUUCCCCGAGGAGCUGCACCGCAGGGCCGCCCUGGAGCAGGACAUGGCCUUCUGGUACGGGCCGCGCUGGCAGGAGGCGAUCCCCUACUCGCCAGCCACGCAGCGCUACGUGGGGCGGCUCCGGCAGGUGGGGCGCUCGGAGCCCGAGCUGCUGGUGGCCCACGCCUACGCCCGCUACCUGGGCGACCUGUCGGGGGGCCAGGUCCUCAAGAAGAUCGCUCAGAAGGCCCUGGACCUGCCCAGCUCCGGCGAGGGCCUGGCCUUCUUCACCUUCCCCAACAUCGCCAGCGCCACCAAAUUCAAGCAGCUCUACCGCUCGCGCAUGAACGCUCUGGAGAUGACCCCCGAGGUCAGGCGGAGGGUCAUCGAGGAGGCAAAGACUGCGUUCCUGCUCAACAUUCAGCUGUUUGAGGAGUUGCAGGAGCAGCUGACCCAGGACCCCGAGGACCAGAGCCCCUCACAGACCGCAGGGCUUCGCCACCGAGCCAGCAGCCGCGCACAAGACCCCACCCCUGUGGAGACCCCCAGAGGGAAGCCCCUGCUGGGCGGCCUCUCCCGGGCGCCGCUGCUCCGAUGGGUGCUGACUCUCGGCUUCGUGGUGGCCACGGUGGCCAUGGGGUUUUACACCUUGUGAACGCAAGCGUGCGGCCCUGGGCCUGAACUCUGCCCAGCGAGGGCCUUCUUUCUGGAGAGGGUCCCUCUUGGCCGCCUCCUCGUCUUGGACACCAGAGGCCUCAGGGGCUCCCGACGCCUCCCUGCGUCCCUCCUUCCUGGAGGCCUCUUCCCCGACGGGAGCUCACCCAGUGCCCAACCUCCAGACUGGCAUCCCCGGUGCCUGCGCGGAGCCAGGAGGCCUGGACGGAGUGGCAGCCCUCUCGACCCUCCCGGUGCCCUUGGUUGCGUGUCCUGGGUGACGCGACCAGAUGGCUUUCCCGUGGGCCGUGGCAGCUUUUAUAUCAACAUGCAGAGAUGCUGUGUCUUGUGUUUGUCUUAUUUUUGUUGGAGCCACUCUGUGUUCACGGUUGGGCCCGAGCCGUGGUGUUUGUCUGGUCCUGUUGUUUUCAUGGCAGGGUGGGGGGUUGACGGCACUGUGGCCUUGCUCUCUAACUCUGUAAUAAUAAAUGGCGCUGUCUCACG